ACCAUUUCCGUCCCUAAUCAUGAUUAUCAUGCUUUGAGCCAACGUAAUUUUCUGAAUUAAAAUACCCCUGGCUGUUUUUGUGCUGCCAACAUGUGAAUGACUAUGAUAGUGUUGAGAAUGACCCUUAAAUUAUCUUUCUGACGUGCCAGUACUUAUUUCCUCCACCUUAACAACUAAGUUUCAACGUCCCUGUAUUUAACUCAUCUGCCCCUUCCUCCUCUCAAUUCAUUUCAUUCAAGAUCACAACUACUCUCCAUCAACCAGGCAAAACACAAUCAGAAUGAGCUACCAACAUGUUCAUGAAAGUCCCUACCCUGACUACCCUCCACCAGGGCAUGGACCACCGCCUCCCCAACCACAAGGAUACCCACCACCGGGGAUGCCACAGCCACCAGGGUUCUACAAUGGAGGGGGCUACCCUCCUCCACCUCCACCUCCUGGGACCCAUAGUUAUCAGGGCUACUUUAAUGAUCAAUACCCUCCACCACCACCACCUCAGCACAUGUACCACGGCGGUGGCGAUGGCUAUGGCUAUCAUGGUGAUGACAAUGGAUGUUCUUCAUUCCUAAGAGGAUGUUUGGCUACUCUUUGUUGUUGCUGUCUUUUGGAGGAGUGCUCUAGGUGCUUCUAGUUUGCUGGACGCCAUCUUCCGAAUAUUGUUGGUUUGUCAAAGUGCUACUGAUUGUGGGUGUAAUCUUGAAAAUGUCAGCAGACUCCUCUCUAAAAGCUCUAUUAUGUAUGCUCGAAGAACUUGUACUGUCAAACACUUGUAUUGUUAGUUAUUUUAUGUUGUGGCAAUUAAUUUGUGAAGGAUGCAUUUGUGCUAGAAAUAUUAUUACUUAACUUCUGACUUUCCUAAGAUGUAAUCUUCCUGUUACAGUCAUGUUUGUGAAUGUCAUGAUGUUUGAAUUUACAGGUUA